AUGUCUUUCUUCACCAGAGUUUUGACGAUGAAAUGCAAGCAGACGCUUGAAUGUGAGAGGACUUACUUUUACCAGGCGGUUUUUGGCAGCAGCAGGUUUGCCGGGCAGCCCCGGCUGUGCAGCAGCCAGGCGCUGGCGGUGCGGAGCAGCCCGCGGGCAGCGGCGGGGAACAAAGGCGAGGGGCGCGGAGCGGAGCUGCUGGAGCCACCCCCGCGCCGCCUGGGCAGGGUGAAGAGCCUGCACGAAAUGCCCGGACCCAACACUCUCUACAACCUCUACGAGUUCUUCUGGAAGGACGGCUUCGGCCGCAUUCAUGAAAUCCAGCAAAAACACACUCAGGAAUAUGGAAAGAUCUUCAAGUCUCACUUUGGUCCCCAGUUUGUUGUAUCCAUUGCAGAUCGAGACAUGGUUGCUCAAGUCCUCCGAGCAGAAGGCAGAGCACCACAAAGAGCCAACAUGGAAUCCUGGCAGGAGUACAGAGAUUUACGGGGCAGAGCCACGGGGCUCAUUUCUGCGGAGGGGGAGCAGUGGCUAAAAAUGAGAAGUGUACUGAGGCAAAAAAUUCUGAAACCCAAAGAUGUGGCUGUUUACUCUGAUGGAGUCAAUGAAGUUAUCACAGACUUAAUUAAAAGAAUCCACACCCUCAGAAGUCAAGAGGAGGAUGGGGAAACAGUGACCAACGUUAACAACCUUUUCUUCAAGUAUUCAAUGGAAGGUGUGGCGACUAUUCUGUACGAAUGCCGGUUGGGCUGCCUGGAAAACAACAUCCCUCAGCAGACUGUUGAAUAUAUUGAGGCUCUGGAAUUGAUGUUUAGCAUGUUUAAGACCACUAUGUAUGCAGGUGCUAUUCCCAAAUGGCUCCGUCCACUUAUUCCAAAACCCUGGAGAGAGUUCUGCAGAUCCUGGGAUGGACUCUUCAAAUUUAGUCAAAUCCAUGUUGACAACAAAUUGAAGGCUAUUCAGUCUCAGCUUGACCAAGGAGAAGUAGUGAAUGGUGGGCUACUUACACACCUCCUAGUGAGCAAGGAACUUACUUUGGAAGAGAUCUAUGCCAACAUGACUGAAAUGCUUCUGGCAGGAGUGGACACAACUUCUUUUACUUUGUCCUGGGCAAUAUACUUGUUGGCAAAGCACCCAGAGGUGCAGCAACGUGUUUAUGAGGAAAUAGCUAAUAAGCUGAGGAAAGAUCAAGUUCCAGUUGCUCAUGAUGUCCCAAAACUGCCUUUGAUUAGAGCUGUCCUGAAAGAAACCUUGAGGUUAUAUCCAGUAUUGCCAGGAAAUGGAAGAGUGACCCAAAAAGACUUGAUUAUUGGAGGAUACUUGAUACCUAAAGGGACCCAGCUGGCACUUUGUCACUAUGCUACUUCAUACAGUGAAGAAAAUUUCUCAGUGGCAAAUGAGUUCCGACCUGAGCGUUGGCUGAGGAAAGAUAAUUUGGACAGGGUAGACAACUUUGGCUCCAUCCCCUUUGGUUAUGGCAUUCGAAGUUGUAUAGGAAAAAGAAUUGCAGAGCUGGAAAUCCAUCUUGCACUGAUUCAGCUACUUCAGAAUUUUGAAAUAAAAAUCUCUCCAAAAACUGAACCAGUUCAUGCCAAAACUCAUGGACUUUUGACUCCUGGAAACUCCAUUAAUGUCAGAUUUUCUGACAGGAAGUGA